GGCAAACCUGGUGGACCUUCAGAAGAAGCUUGAGGAGCUGGAGCUGGAUGAGCAGCAGAAGAAGCGUUUGGAAGCUUUCCUCACCCAGAAAGCCAAAGUGGGCGAGCUGAAGGACGAUGACUUCGAGAGGAUCUCUGAGCUGGGGGCUGGCAAUGGAGGAGUGGUCACCAAAGUGCAGCACAAACCCUCAGGGCUCAUUAUGGCCCGGAAGCUGAUUCAUUUAGAAAUCAAACCGGCCAUCAGGAAUCAGAUUAUCCGAGAGCUGCAGGUGCUGCACGAGUGCAAUUCCCCCUACAUCGUGGGCUUCUAUGGGGCCUUCUACAGUGAUGGGGAGAUCUCCAUCUGCAUGGAGCACAUGGAUGGUGGCUCUUUGGAUCAAGUGUUGAAAGAAGCCAAAAGAAUUCCUGAGGAAAUCUUGGGGAAAGUCAGUAUAGCGGUUCUGAGAGGCUUGGCCUAUCUGAGAGAGAAGCACCAAAUCAUGCACAGAGAUGUGAAGCCUUCCAACAUCCUGGUGAAUUCUCGAGGAGAGAUCAAGCUCUGUGAUUUCGGGGUCAGCGGGCAACUCAUUGACUCCAUGGCAAACUCUUUUGUGGGAACUCGGUCCUACAUGUCUCCCGAGCGCUUGCAGGGCACCCACUACUCGGUCCAGUCCGACAUCUGGAGCAUGGGGCUGUCGUUAGUGGAGCUGUCUAUCGGAAGGUACCCAAUCCCCCCGCCAGACUCCAAGGAACUGGAAGCAAUAUUUGGCCGUCCCAUGGUGGUGGACGGGGCAGAGGGAGAGUCUCAGAGCAUCUCGCCGCGGGCCAGGCCCCCAGGACGCCCCGUCAGUGGCCAUGGGAUGGACAGCAGGCCUGCCAUGGCCAUCUUUGAACUGCUGGAUUAUAUAGUUAAUGAGCCACCUCCCAAGCUGCCAAAUGGAGUUUUCACACAAGAUUUCCAGGAGUUUGUAAAUAAAUGCUUAAUUAAAAAUCCAGCAGAACGGGCAGAUCUGAAGAUGCUGAUGAGUCACACCUUCAUCAAACGCUCGGAGGUGGAGGAGGUGGAUUUCGCCGGCUGGCUCUGCAGGACGCUGCGGUUGAACCAGCCCAGCACGCCCACCCGCGCUGCCAUCUGAGGGCCCCGCCGCCUGGUGUCAGCACAUCUGCCUCUGUCACCAUUUCCUCUCCUCCCGCGGGUGACAGAGCUGGCCCCCUUCCU